AUGACUGACUCGCUCGAAAACCUCCUCCUGCAUUAUGGGCACUCUCUUCCUCCACGCCUUGCAGACUCUCUGCCGCCUUCAUCCCUCCCCAUUGCCACCUUCCUUCGCUGCUCCCUCCCCCCUCUUGCCAACUCUGACCCUCCUGUUCUGGCUCAUGACGCUGUCACUCAUCAUAUCCCAUCAAUUGACCCACCUCUCGAAACAAUCGCCAUCCCACCCCGUUCAUAUCUUGUCAAUCUCGAGAAUGCCCUACGCACCCACUUUCGUAUUCAUGGCAAUACCAAGCCCUGCAGCUUUGCAGGACUGGUUCCUCACCUUCACCUCCCCCCCUAUGCAUUGCAAUACUGGUUUGUCAUGCGGACGACCUCCGAACUUUGGCAGCAGUGGAUGGCUGUGGACCUCGCCCUCCGGACUCGUCUUUCCACCACCCUGGCCACCCUCCCUUUGUAUCUAGCUCAUCUUCCUCAAGGUCUCGAGGAGUUCUUCUCCACGGUCGGGUGGAACACCUGUGUCCAUCCGAAGCACAACCUGUACUCCCCCCAGCUCAUCCCCCUCUUCUUCGACCAACCACUCUCCGGUACUCUUUUGGACACUGCUUGUGGCAUGCUUGCCAACUGGCAGAGUGCUGGCAGCAUACGUAGUGAUGUUCAUGUCUCUACGCUCGAGGUACAGCAUCCCUUUCUCUUUGACAGGCACAUCGACUGGUCCCGGUUCGACAGCGACAAGCCCGGUCAACUAUCUUUCCUCCGACGUCUCGGUGAUGAAGCACGCAGCUGCAGUUUCCAAUUCAAGCUUAUCUUCCCCCUGCACGUCAACGAAAACCAUAUCUCCACUGCCAUGCUCGACUUCGCCGACACUUCCAUCUGGUACGGUGACUCCCUUAAUCGCAACAUCAGUGCACAUGACCUCCGAGGCAUGCGCAACUUUGGCAACGCUCUCGGCCUCACGUUCCAACAUUCUGUCAAGACACUGCCCCAUGCUACGCAACAUGACAACUACUCAUGCCCCGAUAUCACGAUCAACACCAUUGAACGCUUCAUCUGGCCAGAGACAAAGCCUUGGACAUCGGAGCAUGCGAGGGCUGAGCGUCUCGAGUAUGUGUUACUCCUGGCGACGCACAAUGGUCUAUAUUCUUUUGCUCCCUCAAUGAUAUCAUCACUUCACGUCAUGAUGGUCGCCGCCUCACUGGGUUACCAAUCCCUCAAGCUCUUGGCUCUCCAUCCGGAUCCCCUCAUUCCUCUGCUAGUUCUUCGCUACCUUAUUACAUUAGCUCUGCUACCGUAG